ACUUGUUUUCGUACUAGAUACUGUUUGCAACCCUGCACAAUGUUUUCAUUAAGCUGUCAACUGGGUCAGUCGCCAGCACAGCUGCUAAAGUUUUGCAAUUUUGGAAUAAUUAUAAGAAUUUUACUAAUUUUCUCACAAAGGAAUUGUUAAAAUGGUGAUACAACAAGUAAAAACAGUGCUAUUAAGCAUUAUAAAGUUAUUAAGGCGAAUGAUGUGCUGUUUCUCAUUUGGGCGGCGACGCAAACCCAGUUUUUCAGAGCCAAUGGAAAUAAAAAUAGUUGUUGAUGGGGGAAAAGCGACAUUACCGGUGGGAGCGCAGUCGCCGAAUUCUACACGGUUAUCACAAACACAACACGUGGAAAGAGACUGGAAUACUUGGGAUGAUAGUCCGCGUACGGUCACAGAGCACAUUGAACAGUAUCGACAAAGGCUAGCUAAACCGCCAACGCCACCAGCAGCAGAGCAAGAACCAGAUUUCUUCACAGAAUUAACGCCCGUCAUAAAACCUCAACCAAAAUACUACCUCGGUGGCGAUAACACUGAUAAAGCGAAUUUUUCCAGAUUAGAAGCUAAAACCGACGUGCCAAUAACAAUGAAUGCUGAUCUUGAGGACUGGGUAGACGAUUCAGUCGAUGGUGGCUGGGAUGAACUAGACACGGAGCAAACUAAGCAACUGAUACGUGAAAAUCGCCGACAGAUGCGUCAACAACGUCAACAGAAAAACUCCAAAACUGCCGGAAUUGAAACCUCCCAAAUGGGACGUGGCGCCCAGCCUAGUCGUACAUAGUACAGGUGGUCAUCACGGGAUCACUACGAUACGAUGCAUAUACUGACAUAAGGAAUUUGAGUGCAAUUUUGAGUGAAUGUUUUAUUUUGUAAUUGGUUUGGUAAUUAUGCGUUUGUAAAUACACUAUUGGUAGAUACAUACACACACAUAAUACUAAACACAUUUUAAAAGUGCAUGCCUGAUUAUGAUUUUAUGACUGCUUUAUUGUUGUAGUAAAUUUAUGCCUAAGAAAUUGAAAUGUAAAAAUUUGAAAAUUUGAAUUAAUUUCAAUUUGUUCAAUUUACAUUCCUAAAAAACAGUGCGAUUUUGGUUUCUUUUCGAAAAAUAAUUGCAUUAAACAUUGCACGUGAAGGUUUUUAUCAAAUUAUAUGAAUAUAUCAUAUAUAAGCAUAAUACUUAAGUGUUAAAUGUUAUUAUAGUUUGCUGUACAAACUAAUUUUCCAAAACUAGUAUCAUGUGUUGUAAAUGUUUGUAACUAAAACUUUAGACUAAAUAAAAAUUUUAAUAUACCA